GGACCACUGGUGUACUGCGACGAGUACAACGUGCGCCUAUUUGGCAUUGAGAAGCUGCAUCCCUUUGAUUCGGGCAAGUGGGGGCGCAUCGUGCACUUUCUCAUAGAAGAGGGGUGCAUACAGCCGCACCAGGUGGUGCACCCUAGAGCUGCUUCCAACGACGACCUGCUGCUGGUGCAUUCUCAGGAGUACCUCGACAGCCUGCGAAGCAGCUUCAAUCUCGCCACCAUUGGGGAGCUACCCCCACUGGCCCUCUUCCCCAAUUUCAUCCUCCAGCAUCGAGUUGUGCGCCCCUUCCGAUACCAGGUGGGGGGCAGUGUGCUGGCGGCCAAGCUGGCAGUGGAGAGGGGAGCAGCGGUGAACGUGGGGGGGGGGUUGCACCACUGCAGCCGCCACACGGGCAUGGGCUUCUGUGCCCUCGCUGACAUCUCCGCCAUCAUCACCUUCGUCCGCGCGUUCCUGGCUGUAAGGAGAGUGCUGAUAGUGGAUCUGGACGCACAUCAGGGCAACGGGCACGAGACCGACUGGAUGGGCGAUGCCGACGUGUUCAUAGUGGAUGUGUACAAUGCGGCCAUCUUCCCACGGGAUCAUCAAGCCAAGGCGGCCAUUCACAUUGCCAAGGAGCUUAGAAGUGGCACGGGCACCACACAGUAUCUGGAUGCUGUGGCGCAGGCUCUGCACGAGGUGGCAGCAGCAGCCUUCCACGCGGAUCUACUCAUCUACAACGCCGGCACCGACAUUCUCACCAACGACCCUCUCGGUAGACUUGCCGUGUCAGCGGAGGGAGUGCAGAGGCGGGAUGAGAUGGUGUUUCAGUUCGCUAGGAGCCACUCCAUACCCAUCCUCAUGCUCACCUCCG